AUGGAGGGGCUGCCGAUGCUGCUGCAGCAGCUGCAGCAGCAGCAACAACAACACUCGCCUGCGCUAGUGCAGGAGUUGCUGCAGCGUAUAAAGCAGCACACAGAACAGCACCAGACGGCGGAACAGUGGCUGCAAGCACUGCAACAGAAGCAACAGCAGCAGCAGCAAAGGCAGUCCUCAAUGUCACUAGAUCAGCAGGUACUCCAUCAGAUAAUAGACAGACAGGCAGCGCAGAUGCACGUGCUGCAGCAGCUGCAACAGCUACAGCAACUACAGCAGCUGCAGCAGCUGCAGCAGCAGGCUCCGGCUGUUCUCCAGCAGCUGCUACAACAAGGUGGCACACCACAAGAGGAACAGGACCAGCUGUUGUGCGCGAUCAGCAGCAAAACAUUGCUGCUGCAGCAGCUACAUCGCCAGCGGCAGCAGCUGGCUACUCAGCUGCAGCAGCAGCAGCAGCAACAGGUUGCAGAGCAGCUGUCAAGUAUAUUACAGGCAGAGAAGAAGGUGGAACAACAGAAGUUGUCGCUAGAGCGGCAGCAGCUGCUGCUGCAUCGCUCCGCAGGAGCAGGAGCAGCCGUUGCUGCUCCACCUUCACCCACAAGCCACAUGCGGCAGCAGCUGCUGCAACUGCUGCAGCAGCAACAGCGAGCGGUGGCAGCGGGAGGAGGAUCCAUAAGCAGCAGCUAUCCAGUUUCGUGGAGUACACAACAGCACCAGCAGCAGCAGCUGCUGCACCAGCAGCUGCACCUGCAGCAGCUGCAGCAACAGCAACUGCAGCAACAGCAACUGCAGCAGCUGAGCGGCAUCAGGAGCCAAGGGACCGCUGGCGCUGCCGCGGUGAGGAAGCGCAAGCCCCCGCCACGGCGUCAGCGGCAGCAGCAGGUGGUGCAGCAGCAGGAGCAGCAGGGCCAGCUGGUGUACCAGGGGCAGCCGGAGGAAGUGCAGCAGCAAGAUGAAGUACAGGACACUGCGAAGGUCUCUUUGUCCAGUGGUGGGGGUCGAGAGCAGCAGCAUGAGCAGCAGCAGGAGCAGCAGGACAGGACUGCAGAUGGUGCUGCAGACGAAGACAGCAGUAGGAGCAGCAGCGAUGAGGAGGGCCGGCGGUUGAAGGCGAAGGAGAGACAGAAGCUGCAGCAGGAGCAGCAAGAAGCGGCUCUGCAGCGUUGUUGUGCCCAUGCAGCCUCUGUUGUUCGUUGGCAGAAGAUGCGACGAAAGCAAAAGCAGCAGCAGGAGCAGCAGCAGGCAGAGGAGCAGCAGGAGCAGGAGCAGGAGCAGGGCGGGGAACGGGAGAAACGUCGUCGUGUGCAUCGACGGUGCAGCCGCAGCGGCAGCGGCAGCGUGAGCGGCAGCAGGAGCAGCAGCAACAACAGCAGGUGCAGCGGCAGCAGCGAGACCGACGGGGAGAGGACAGCAGCAGCAAUACAGCAGAAGUUGUAUAGACGAUUAAAGCAACUGCAAGUUGAAGAAGACUUGAGAUAUCGAGGCAGAGGACGAAGAGGAUUUGUUGCUAAGCAGCAAAUGCGGCUUUGCGAUAAACUCAAUGCCUUUGUUGCCAACAGGGUGGUGUGCGCCACAUGCGCGGAUUCGUCUGUUUCUUUUAACAAUUCUUUUACCGCCGCUCGCCGUUUUGUUCGCGCUAACCAUAUGGCGAUGUUGGGAGAUUUACGAAGGCUUCAAGUCUAUCGAAAGGCAAUCGACGUCGUUGCAGCUUCUGCUAACUCGGCUCUUGAAGUCGGCUGUGGGCCCCUCUGUGUACUCGGCAUCAACGCUGCUAGGGCGGGUGCGCAGCACAUAACAGCACUAGAGUUGUCUCGCCAGUUUGCUGCUGAGGCUGCCUCUUAUGUCCGUCUUUUCGGCUUUGAUUCGAAGAUUCGCGUUUUGCCUCUCUACUCGAAAGAAGCUGACCUGCCGUUGCUUGCUGCAGAAGCCAGACAGAGAAUCAAGCAGCAGCAGCAGCUGCUGCAGCAGGAACAGCAGGACCAGAAGCAACCCCAAAAGCGCCAGAGUGGUGGAAAGAGUGCAACUCCCAAGCCGCGACGGUUCGUGCAGCAUGACAGCGGCAGCAGCAACAGUAACGACAAUAACGACGACGACAACGACAACAGCAACAUCAACGGCAACGGCAGCAGCGAUAGCGAAAAGGGUUUCGACUUGUUGAUCCAUGAGAUUAUUGGAGACAUUUGUAGCAACGAAGGCGUCGCAGAUGUUAUCCUCGACAUACAGAAAAGAACGGGCCGUGUGUCUCGUUCGAUUCCAUAUGCGGGCCGCACCUGGUUCGCUCCCUGCGAAUUCCCUCUGGAGAGGCAUCUCCCGUUCCCUCAUAGCAAUUUGUUGUUGUCAGAGGACUUUCACAUCCUCGAAGAGCUGCUGUUUGAGCGUCCUAUGGAGGACCAAAUGCUACAAAACAGAGUCGCCACCUUUGCAUGCACCCGACCUGGAAAGUUGGCGGGGUUCGUGCUCUGUUGUGAAAUCGAGCUUCUGAAGGGCCUCUCCAUCGACCACAGAAAGGGAGAAGAAACACAUUGGUACACUAACAUUGCGUUGCUGCGAGAGGAGGUUUCUGUCAGCGAAGGAGACACAUUUGUUGUGUACAGCACAGCUGAUUUGGCAAACUACGAGACGGUUGAUGUGCCAGAUUCUUUCUCCCUCAAUGAGCUGCCGCAGCUGCAGCCGCUAGCGAACCCCGACAAAGUCCCACACACACCGACGUACAAAAAGCUGCAGCAGCGGCUCCAGCAGCAACAACAACAGCAACAACAACAACAGCAGCAACAGCAGCAACAGAAGCCGGCAGAUGAAGAGGAGGCGUGGCGGUACCCCUUUGCUGCUGACGUGCAGCAGCAGCACGAGCAGCAGCAGGAGCAGCAGCAAGCGCCGCCUGGCUGUCGACGCAUUCGCCUAUCGCGCCCUCGUUUUUCUCUGUCUGCUGAAAUCCAUAGACUUCCUAUUGCUCCUAUUAAAGGUUGUUGCUGCAGCAGCAGUAGCAGUACCAGCACUGCAGCAACUAGUGCGACCAUCAGUGAAGACAGCAGCAGCAGCAAGGACAGCACCGCUGCAACAGAAACCUCUCUCCCACAGGGGGCGCCAGAUACAACUGGAGAAAGCAGCAGCAGCAGCGACGUAAAGGCUGAGCAAAGCAGCUGUAAAAUGGUGGCAGAUGUACCACCGCCAGCAGCAGCGGGAAAGGGGAGCUGCUGCUGCUGUCAAGACCCCAAGAAGCCGUCGGUACUUCGCCUGGACCCCAUCGUUAUAACAUACGCCGAGCAAUCUCCCUUCCUGGCAAAGGAUGCGAGCCGCCAGCCCCGCAGAGAGGCAUGA